CGUGAGGUUUGAGAGUUCACGAGUCGCGCCCUGAAUCUUCAGGAGAUUCUGGAUUCAUUUUUUUUAUCAUCUUCCUGACAGUGUGGCAGCCGUCCCUCCCUAAUGCCUGUUUCUCCAGGCUAUGCUCGCCUUAAACAAAAUGAGCCUAUGAACUCUCUGCGCAUCUCUGUUGGCGGGCUCCCGAUGCUGGCCUCCAUGACCAACACCACAGACUCCCGCUUCCGGAUCAAAUGGAAGGCUAUUGUGGUGGUGGCGUCAGCGCUAUUCCUCGUCCUCCUCAUCUACAUGCAGCUUCUGCCCUUUCACCCUCAGCCAGGCAGCAGGUACAACUUGAGCUUGAAACAUCGGAAGAUGAGCGAUGAGGAGGGCUACAAUUACACUUACCCGCUCAGUCCACCAGAGCGGACGGCCCAAGGCAUACGCUACAGAAUAGGGGUCAUUGCUGACCUGGACACAAACUCGCUCAGUGACAAGAAGCUGACCUGGUUCAGCUACAUGCUGAAGGGUCACCUCCUGGUGUCGGAAAGUGGAGAUACAGUGGCGGUCGAAUGGGAUCAGGAAAGAGUGGUCUUGGAAAGCCACCUAGCAGAGAAAGGCCGGGGCAUGGAGCUCUCGGAAUUAGUAGUGUUUAAUGGCAAACUGUACAGCGUGGAUGAUCGUACAGGUGUAGUAUAUAACAUUAAAGGACUUAAUGCGGUGCCCUGGGUCAUACUGCCAGAUGGUGAUGGCUCCGUUUCAAAAGGGUUUAAGGCAGAGUGGCUUGCAGUGAAGGACGAGCAUCUAUAUGUGGGGGGUCUGGGCAAGGAGUGGACCACCACCAGUGGAGAAGUGCUCAACAACAAUCCUGAGUGGGUGAAAGUGGUGGGAUUUCAUGGAGAUGUGGAGCACCAUAACUGGGUUCCCACGUACAACUCUCUCCGCAGCGCCGCAGGCAUCAGUCCACCCGGAUACCUCAUCCAUGAAUCUGCAGCCUGGAGCGACACUCUGCAGCGCUGGUUCUUCCUGCCGCGUCGUGCUAGCAGCGAGCGAUACGAUGAGACGGCCGACGAGCGACGCGGCACCAACAUAAUGCUCAGCUGCUCGCCAGACUUCCAAGACAUUAAAGUGAGGAACGUCGGGCCCCUAAACCCUACACACGGCUUUUCGUCCUUUAAGUUUGUGCCCAACACAGACGACCAGAUUAUUGUUGCUCUGAAGUCAGAGGAGGACGCUGGGAAAAUCGCCACCUACAUUGUGGCGUUUACCCAAGAUGGCCGAAUUCUGCUACCUGAAACUAAGAUCGGGGAUGUGAAGUAUGAGGGACUUGAGUUCAUUUAGUGUCUGGACGUAUUUUCAUGCCAAGGAUUGGUAAAUGCCUUCUUCUAGGUGAUGUACAUCUAGAUUUGGGCAUUGUAAGGUUAAGAAUAAUGCCAAGUGUCUGAUGGCAGCCAAAAUGUGGUUGUAAAUAUCGACUCUUAAAAUUAAAGUUGACUCUUUAAUUAUUUUAAAUCACCUGUCGGAGCCUUCAUCAAAAGUUUUUUUUAUUGUUUGCUUCUCUGUCUUUUUCGAGGUUUAGCGUUUCACGCCAGCACUGUACUUACAGUGUAAUGAAUGUAACAGAUUGGAUGAAGUGACAGACUCGAAUAGUUUACCCUACAAACAUCACUGCAGUUGCCAUGUGGUUUUGACGAAUGUCUUUUUUUUUUUUUUACUGUGAAUUGUUUUGUUUUUUACUUUAUUGACAAGUGUCUUAAACAGAUCAGUUACUUUUUAAAAAAAAUCUAUAAAUCUGAACUGUCACAAAAUGAACAUCAUGUUUCAUCGAUUCACCAGAGCUAUUUAUUUGUUGUUGCUGUAUUUUGUUUCUGAAGAUUGAAGGUUCAUAAGAACGGCA